CGGUCAGCAUGGUCAGGAACAUGAGUUCUAACAGUGUCCGGGCGCCGUUUACUGUCUUCACGACUCUUCUCUGCCACCUCGUCAAGCCUCCCGGCGCCGCCGUCAGCCUUGCCCGCACCAUCCGUUACGCAUGGGAAACUCGACCCUCGAGUCAUGAUGAAACAACCUUGUCCACCGAGGCUUCUCCCCCUUCCUUUUACCAUACAGCGGCGCCGUGUCAGCGCCACGGUGCGGUCUCGUCUGCCCGAGAUUGCCGAGUUUCGACUUGAACAAGAGAC